AGCAGUCUCCCCUCAGCCUUGGCCCGCCCUGGGCUGCAGUUGGGGUGGACAUUUGGUUGAGGCCUCUCGGGGGGAGGGGGUUCCUGCCCAUCCCCAUGUGACUUCAGUGGAGAGGUCGGCCUCUGUGACCCCAAGAGAAUAAUUAUCGAUGCCGCUUAUCUGCAGGAGCACGUGCCCUGCCACAGGACACUUUGUGUGUCGGUGUCUCCUGUAGAGUGCCCUCUCACCUUUGACCUGAGCACCACCCAGCGUUUUCCAGCUUCCCUCGGUGGUUGCACAGAGGUUCUUUGUGUGGUUAACACGGAGAAUAUAAAGCACACAUUUUCGAUGUUCAGGAUCACCAGUGGGCGGAGUCAGAGGAUUUGGGGUCUGGGAGACAGGUUGUCUGGGUGAAGAGGGGAACCCCCACGUGGGGGAAGUGUAACCUGGACUAUGUCUCUAAGGAACGAGUCUUCGGGGCGCCGCCACCCCCCCCCCCGCCAUUGCCCAGUGCGCAGGCACGAAGGGUAGCAAACGCUAACAGAGCCUCCUGCUCCGUCGGGAUCACAGGAAUUUGAGGUUGCUGUAACGCUAAGGGGUUGUGUAGUCCAGCCCCAUGACCUACAGGUGAGGACACGGGCCCUGCACGUGGUGCUGCAGAUCUAAGGGGCUGCCGAUUCCACAGGAGGCGUUGCUGGGGUCCCUGCUGACUGCCAGGCGCCUCUGAAGUUAAAUCUGCCCUAAACCCUCACUGCUUUUCAGUCUUCAUGCCCGGUGCUGCAGACCCAGAUAAUGCUCCCGUGCCCCCCUGCUGCCAGGGUUGUUCUCCAGAUGCUUUGCCUGGCCUGGCCAGUGACUGCUGAGCAUUCCUAGGACGGGUGUGGGUGGGGCGGAGGGGGGUGACAGGCUGCACACAUGGUGUGUGUUUCACAGGCGUUUCUGAGUCUGUGUUACAGACAGGCACUCGUGAGCCCUAUUUUCUGCACGUGGGCAGUGAUUUUCUUGUGUGGGCUGCAGGGGCCAGUGAGGGUCCAGGGGCUGUGCGGUCGUCACGGACGAAUCAGGGCACCCUCGCCCACAGACCCCACAGCACCCUUCCCCCUGCCCACCACUCCCCCAGCCCAUAAUGUGGGGCUGGGCUGUCUCUUUCACAAAGGAGAACCUGAGCCCCACAGAGCUGCCAGGGUCCAACCUGUGCCUGGAUCUGCCUGUCCAAAGCCUGUGCUCUUCCGAUCACCCAGCCCAGGCUCUCCGGGCCCCACCAGGCUCGACCGUAGGUUAGGCAAGCUGGCUUUCCCGAAAUACCCAGUGUCCGUUGUGCCCUGGCAACUGCAGCGCAGAGCAACUGGCAUGGAUGCCGUCCUGCUUCUGAGACAGGCUCCCGAGAAGCUACGGGAAGUCAGUCGACGAUUUUGUUGGGAAUUGGGAGGGGUUCUCGUUUCUGCUUUCCCGUCUCCUUUCUCCUACGCCACAAACAAGGCUUCAGUGUCCGGUGUGGAAGACAGAGGGCGCUUCUCCUUGGGAAGGGGAGGGGAGGGGACAGGACCCGAGUCUCUUUGGCCAGCAGCAAGGUUGGGUGGGCCUGCUGAGGCGAGACCUGCUCCUGGUUGUUAUUCACCACUGGGGAUGCCAAGUGCAGACCGCGGGCCAGGACAGGCCAGUGUUCUUUGUCCCUGGUUGGAACGGAGGGUGCACAAACCAUCGCUUCUGGGUCUCAGGAGGUGGCCCCAGAGGCCUGGGGGACACCAGCUCCAUGUCCUGGUGCCCCCUCACUGUGCCGGUAAUAGCUGGGCCCCUGGAGCCAUGGGAGCACUCGUGCCCACUUCCCAGUGGUUCCUCAGUCCAGUUCGGGGACACAGGACGAAGCGGCGUCUGACUGCUUUACAGCAAAGACUUGGGAGGAGCAGGAACCCUCUAGAGUGCAAAGGGUUGACUGAGUCCACUUCUGGCUUGUGAAGUCUAUUGUCUGAGAUCAGCUCUGUGUUUCUGUUAGUCUCGCUCCCUUGGAAACACCCCUGUCCUCCACUUCCUGGGUUAGCCUUCGCCCUUCAAGGGGACCACAAGGAGAGUGAGCCCCAGCUUCUCAGCUCACCGGCCACGCCGCCCUGGGCAGUCCCCUUCAUCUCUCUUGUAACCCAGCGUCCUUCCUGUCAGACUCAGAAAUGUUCCUGGCAUAUCAGCUCCAGCUGCUGCCACCCUCCUUCCCCUUCCUGUGGCCCCUGGAGCAGGUGCGUGGAGCUGUGGGUGCAGGAGGUGGGGCACAGGUACCCCAGGACCUCCCUGAGAAUGAGCUGCACCCCUCAUCAAAGCUGGUCUUUGGGCCCCCCGUGUGCAUGGUCCUCACACUGCCCAUCACAUGUGUUCUGUCUGCAGGACGACGUUCCUUCCACUC